CAUCUCCCAUCCUCAAUCCCCGCCACCUCAGUGUUCCAGGGCUCCCGCUGUGCCCAGAGUCUCUCGGAGCAGGAGGCCUGAGGGGACUGAGCCCCUCCAAGCCGUGCCAGGAGGGGAGGAGGAGGUGGCCUGACUGUCCCCCCAGCCAUGAGCCGCCGCGUGGUGCGCCAGAGCAAGUUCCGGCACGUCUUCGGGCAGCCGGUGAAGGCAGACCAGAUGUACGAGGACAUCCGUGUCUCCAAGGUGACGUGUGACAGCUCCUUCUGCGCUGUCAACCCCAAGUUUGUGGCCAUCAUUGUGGAGUCUGGUGGUGGCGGCGCCUUCAUUGUCCUGCCCCUCGCCAAGACAGGACGGGUGGACAAGAACCACCCGCUGGUGACGGGACACACGGCGCCCGUGCUGGACAUCGACUGGUGUCCCCACAACGACAACGUCAUCGCCAGCGCCUCGGAGGACACCACUGUCAUGGUGUGGCAGAUCCCCGACUAUGUCCCCGUGCGCAACAUCACGGAGCCCGUGGUGACACUGGAGGGACACUCCAAGCGGGUGAGCAUCAUCUCCUGGCACCCCACCGCCCGCAACGUCCUGCUCAGCGCAGGCUGCGACAACCUGGUCAUCCUCUGGAACGUGGGCACCGGGGAGAUGCUGCUGGCUCUGGACGACAUGCACACCGACCUCAUCUACAACGUGGGCUGGAACCGCAACGGCAGCCUGCUGGUCACCACCUGCAAGGACAAGAAGGUCCGUGUCAUCGACCCCCGCAAGCAGCAGAUCAUAGCGGAGAAAACCAAACCGCACGACGGCACCCGGCCCAUCCGCGCCAUCUUCGUGGCCGAUGGCAAGAUCUUCACCACGGGCUUCAGCAGGAUGAGCGAGCGGCAGCUGGGCCUCUGGGACCUGGUACGGGACAGCAGCUCCAGCCUGGCCAGCGCCGAUCCCGCAGAA